AUGCUAAGCGAGAGCGAGGCACAGACAUCUCUCCAGGAAAGAACCGAGCAGGAGAUUCUGCAAGAUGCUUUGCCAGAAAAACCAGGUGCCGACGUUUCCAAAGGCCUGGAUCGAGAGGAAGGCUGCGCGAUUCAGUGCAGUCCUGAAUUGCCGCCGGCGUGCCCGCCAAAGAAGAGGAAGCGCAAGUCCUCCCAUCGCGAGGAAACGGCCCUUGAUCUCAGCAAGAGAGCAGUGAAGAAGAAAAAGGUCCCCCAGCCGGCGAAAUCCUACAACUGCCCUGAUUGCGGGAAAUGUUUCAAGCGGUGCUCCCCUCUCAUAAGGCACCGGAGGACCCACACCGGGGAAAAACCCUACGUCUGCCGUGUGUGUCUGAAAUGCUUUAGCGACGGCUCUGCCCUCGUGAAACACCGGAGGAUCCACGCGGGGGAGAAGCCUUACACCUGCCCUGAGUGCGGGAAAAGCUUCUCGCAGAGCUCAACUCUUAUCGCACAUCAGAGAAUCCACACGGGCGAGAAGCCCUACAAAUGCCCCGUGUGUGGGAAAGGCUUCAGCGUCAGCUCCAACCUUGUGGCUCACCAGCGGAUUCACACGGGGGAGAAACCUUACGAAUGCUCCUUCUGUGAGAAGAGCUUUCUCGUCAGCUCACACCUGAUCAGGCACCAGAGAAUCCACACGGCGGAAAAGCCGUACAUUUGCCGGGAGUGCGGCGAGUGUUUCACGCAGAGCUCUCACUUGGUCGUCCACAAGAGAAUCCACACGGGGGAGAAACCUUAUCUGUGUGCCGUGUGCGGGAAGAACUAUCGGGGGAUCUCGGACUUCAUUCUGCACCAGAGAAUCCACACCGGUGAGAAGCCGUACACCUGCCUGGAGUGCGGGAAGAGCUUCCGUCAGAGUUCGUGUCUAACGAAACACCAGAGAAUCCACACGGGAGAAAAACCGUACGAGUGUCACGAAUGUGGGAAGAGCUUCAAUCGGAAUUCGCAUCUUACAAGGCACCAGAAAAUUCACAUGGGGCAGAGGAAUGCCAGGCAGGUGCUUAUAAAAUAAAAGUCUUCCGUUCCAAAAUGGAAAGUUAGGUUCAUUGUCAUCACUGGCAUUUGACAAGGAGAAAGUCUAGCUGGUGGACAUUACCCUGUCUAUUGCUGUAGCCUUUGUUGUACCAUCCUGCACCAUGGAUGUCUCUAAAGGAAUCCAAGAUUUCCCCAGAACCAUAGCUGUCAACUUCUCCCUUUUCUUGCGAGGAAUCCUAUUCGGAAUAAGGGAAUUUCCCUUUAAAAAAGGGAAACAUUGACAGCUGCGCCCAGAACUUGAUCUGCUGCUGCUGUUAACCUUGUUUGAUGAAUAUGGUUAAUCUAAUUGUUGUUGCUUUCAGAACAAGAGUUUUUGGGGCAACUGUAUCCCUGCAUUCAUUACAGAAAAGCUGUGCCGGCUUAUAAAUUUUCCUCUUAGACUGUAAGGUGUGAGAUGCUCUUAAUGGUCUUCCCGGGAAUUCAUGGAAUGUCUUGCUUAUUCUUAGGAGGCGAACUUGAAAUGGACACUCUCAUGAUGAGAAUUCUAGUCUUCCUUCCUCUGGGGUAUUCAAAUGCACCUAGAUCGCACCAUUCCACAUGAUAAGCUGGGUUUGAAGAAGAAGAAGAAGAGUUUGGAUUUGAUAUCCCGCUUUAUCACUACCCGAAGGAGUCUCAAAGCGGCUAACAAUCUCCUUUCCCUUCCUCCCCCAUAACAAACACUGUGAGGUGAGUGGGGCUGAGAGACUUCAGAGAAGUGUGACUGGCCCAAGGUCACCCAGCAGCUGCAUGUGGAGGAGCGGGGACGCGAACCCAGUUCACCAGAUUACGGGUCUACUGCUCUUAACCACUACACCACACUGGCUCUGCACAAUCCCUGUUGCAAAUGCUCUGAUUGUUACUAGCAAGCCCCUUUUCCGGUCGAGGCUAAGAAGGGAGGAUUUGCCAAACUCUACACAACAAGCAAAGGCAGAAGUUGAAGGACAUGGGUCUUUGUACAUCAGUGGUUCCCAAACCCGCCCCUGCACUGCCUCGCCGACCGCCUGAAAAUUGCUUCAGGUCUUAGUUGACCACCUACUGAUUUUCUUCUGCCUGUUGUAGCAAUUGUGCUGUGCUAAACACUGAAUGGUUUUUCGUUGCAUUUUCAUUGCUUCUGUCAAAUUGCAAUUUGAAUGCAAUAAUAUACAAUGUUAGAAAUAAGAGACGCAAUAAAAAAAGAUACAGCUGAAAAUUACAGCAAAUGUUUAAUGUUGACAUGAUGCAGACCACCUGAAUGAAGCAUGGGGAUCACUCGUGGUCCACAGACCACAGUUUGGGAUCGCCUCUUCCAGAUCAAAAACCAGCUUGCUAUAUCCAGGAGCAGUAUAGCUGUCCGUCCUCUCUAGCCUCACCUUCUUUGGGUUGCAAUUCUAAAUUCCCUCUCUAGGGAGUAAGUUACAAGAAAGGAGAUUCGGACUAAACAUCAGGAAGAACUUUCUGACAGUUAAGAACUGUUUGACAGUGGAACGGUCUCCCUCAGGAGGUGAUGGACUCUCCUUCCUUGGAGGUUUUUAAGCAGAGGUCGGAUGGCCAUCUGUCAGCGAUGCUUUAGAUGAGAUUGCAGGGGGUUGGACUAGAUGACCCUUGGUAUCCCUUGAAGCUCUACAAUUCUGUGAUUCUGUCUGCUGUUCUUAACACCCAGGAGAGUCUGUAGGGGAGAAGGCAUUUGGGGCUUGAGCCACUUAGGGCUGCAAACACUAUCAUCAGCACCUUGAGUUUUGCCUGGAAGAAGAAGAAGGGUUUGGAUUUGAUAUCCCGCUUUAUCACUGCCCGAAGGAGUCUCAAAGCGGCUAACAUUCUCCUUUCCCUUCCUCCCCCACAACAAACACUCUGUGAGGUGAGUGGGGCUGAGAGACUUCAGAGAAGUGUGACUGGCCCAAGGUCACCCAGCAGCUGCAUGUGGAGGAGCAGAGACGCGAACCCAGUUCACCAGAUUACGAGUCUACCGCUCUUAACCACUACACCACACCGGUUUUGGAAACAAAGUGGCUUGCAGAAAGCUUUGGUGAAGGGCAGAAAUGGCUGGCAUUUUGCCCUCUGUAUCUUGUUGUUGCUCCAUUGACAUUGAUAAGGACCUGUAUGCCACCUGAUGCCAAUCGCACUUACACUGAAGUAACUUCCCCUGACCUCGCAGAAGCAACUACAGAUGGGAUGACAGUAGGAAUUGCAGAGGCUUAGGGGAUGUAGAGUAUAUUAUGUGGAGAACUGGUUCGUUUCCCUUACUGUGAGCAGUGAAAGAUGAACAAUUAAAGAGAUGUUUGUCAAAGUAAUAUGAUUAUGAUCUUUCUGCAGUGCCUUUAACAAAUGCAUCACAGACAAAACAUGCAGCUUGUGUCAUCUCCAUGCUGGAAAAGCAGCACCUGCUGAACUUCUGCCUGCUAUGCUGGUGCUAAAGGAUGGAACAAACAAACCAGCAGCCCUAGUUAGUGCAAACACAUUUAACUGUUUCCAUUCCUGUGGAGCACCGAUGAAAAUGAUUGAAGCACAUAUUUUCUUGCACCUGUUAUUUUAGAAGAAAAUGAACUAAUGAAACUCCACUCUGAAGCAGAACAAAACAUACAAUAUCCAUGUUCAUGGAUCAUGAAUCCAUGGUUCUCAUUCACACUGUUUAGGAAUGUUAUCAGUUUGGAUUGUGGGUUUGUGUGUGUGUGUGUGUGUGUGUGUGUGUGUAUGUGUAUUUUCCCUUUCAGUUUUGAUGCCUCCCUCCUUCAUUUGUGGGGAGAUAAAUGUGACUGGACUCCUUACAUUAUUUUGGGAAGAUUUGAGUUUUUAAAAACCAGGCAAGCUGUGAGUCUUGCCACAUUUACAAUGGUCACAAAUAACCAUAAACUGUAUGAUCAUUCAAUAAACAAGUGCAGUGCUUUAUAGUGUGCUUUGAGUCUCAUAAUAAUCUUCUGAGUAAGGCUGGGGGAAUGCAAAUCCCUCGAUCUUGAUGAAACCUGCAAAACGUUGCCAGAUUUGAAGUGGGAGGUUUGUGCUGUGCUUUUCAGUUUAUGAGAAAGUGAGAAAGGAAGUGCCCAUAAGAAGAGCCCUGCUCCAUCAGCCUGAAAGCCCAGCUAGCGCAGUAUCCUCUUUCCUGCAGUGACCAAUCAGAAGCCUCCAGGAAGCCCACAAUCAGGGCAUGAGCUCAGUAGCCUCCUCUUGCUCUUGCUCCCCAGCAGCUGGCAUUCAAAACUUUGCUGCCUCUGAUCCUGGAGGUGGUAAUAAUAAUAAUAAUAUUUAUACCCUGCCCUCCCCAGCCAAGGCAGGGCUCAGGGCGGCUAACAAGCAAUAAUAAAAACAAGUUGAAUGAAUACAACUUAAAAACAAGAUUAAAAUACAACAUUAAAAUAUUGAAACAAUAUUAAAAUGCAGCCUCAUCACAGGAGGAGAAAGGAAAAAGGAAGAGGGGGAGGGAAUCAAAUUGGCUCCAAGCCAAAGGCCAGGUGGAACAACUCUGUCUUACAGGCCCUGCGGAAAGAAAUCAGAUCCUGCAGGGCCCUGGUCUCAUGAGGCAGAGCGUUUCACCAGGCAGGAGCCAGUGUUGAAAGGGCCCUGGCUCUGGUUGAAGCUAAUCUAUGUAUAUUAUAUAGAUUAUAAAUUAUAAAUAAAAUAAUAAGUUUUAUUUAUACCCCGCCCUCCCCGGCCAAGACCGGGCUCAGGGCAGCUAACACCAGGUAUAAAAACAAUUGAUUAAAAUAAAACUUAAAAACAAGAUUAAAGUACAACAUUAAAAUGCAGCCUCAUUUCAGUAGAAACUCAAAUCAAAAACUUUUUGGGGAUGAAAACGUCAAGUCUUCACCAAGGCUAACUAUCCAGACUGGUCCUAUGUGGGCCAGAAAAAAGCCAGGGAAGUCCCCAAAUAGGAGUUCCAUCACAGAAAGAGAAAGGAAAAAGCGUUCCACCAGGCCGGAGCCAGUGUUGAAAAGGCCCUGGCUCUGGUUGAGGCUAAUCCGACUUCCUUAGGGCCCGGGACCACUAGGGUGUUGCUAUUUAUGGACCUUAAUAUGAUACCCUUGGCAUGACUAGUAACCAUGUAUAGACUUGUCCAAUUCUCUCUCUCUCUCUCUCUCUCUCUCUCUCUCUCUCUCCCCUCCUUGAAGUCCUGCAACUUGGGACUCAUCUACACAACUGCAAACAAAAUGUUUUAAAUGUGUUGUCAAGUGCAGUAUACAAAUGUGAUGCUAGAUGGCGACAGUGAGCUAGGCAAAAUUCAAUGUCUUUUUCAAAACCUUUUAAAAAAAAGCAUUUUCACAGGGGGUUUUUAUAGGUGCGUAGAUUCCAUCUUGGUGGCCAUCACUGCCCUGGCUUAGGGGCAGAGUGUCUGCUUUGCAUACAGGCAAUACAAGGGUCCAAUCUCUUUCAUUUCUAGCUAGGGCCAGGAGAGGUUUCUGUCAAUACAGUACUGAACUGAAUAGAUCAAUGAUCCAACCUGCGCUACAAUUCUAGGAGCGUGUGGGCCCUUCACGCAUGCCCUUCACCUCCCUGAAAAAUGAGAUAGAAACUUAUGCAGGACUCACAUUGAGGGUUGUUCAGAAAAUGUUUAAACGGUUGAUUCAGACCACAUCAAAGGUUUCUUUGGGCAGCCAAGAGAAGCACCCAUUUAUUAUAAAACAACAAAGAAAUUAAUCAUCAGCUGGAUAAUAUGGUGCAGCAUAAACAUAAGGUCACAGGUGCAUUUAAACCAAUAGCUUAACGCAUUCAUCUUCCUAGCCUAAAGAAAUGAGAGACCCUAGUCUACAAGGAAAAUUAAACACUGGAGUUAUGUCACUCCUAGGAAAUAGAGAAAGACUGCAAAAUUUCUACCUACAGUGUGAUUGGCAAGGCUCUUGCCAUGCCAUUCAUUUUGUUUCAUAAAAUGUAUAUACUGCUUGUUUUUUUAAAAAAAUAACAACAACCACAACCUGAAAGCAGUUUAUACAUGCGAAAUAUGGCAUAUGGUAGAGUGGAGAGCAAAUGUAUAUGCCUGGGUGCAUGUGUUUGCAAUAUUCCUUCCAGAUGGGCUUCAAGAUUAUCAUCUUGCCUACAUGUGGGACAAAUUCCAGCAUGCAGGGAAGGGAACAAGCUUUAUUUUACAAAUCCCUAAGUGUCCUAAAUGAAGCCUACGAAGGCAGCAGUGCUUGUUUGGAGUCACACUCAUCCCUAAGGAAACGAUUUAACGGGUUUUCCUGGUUGCCAGAGCGUUUAUCAAUGCAAGCACCCUUCAAGUCUCUGCAAUCAGAAAGCCUGUUGUUGCAUUGUGUGCCACAGACUGGGUCAGGGCUACAGAGGGACUGGUUUUCUACUGCAAUGCAAGCAAGACUGAUGCCCUGAUCCAUUGCAACGGACCAAACAAAAGUCAGGAGAAGCGUUCUCCCGUCGCAUUUGGUAUAUGGCAGCUUCCUAUCUUCUAGGUGCAAGGAUCCAGAUAUGGCAGAGGAGAAGCCAACCAAGUCAGGAGAGGCAGCUACAGAGGUUGCUGGACCCAGGUCCCAACUUUCAACUCGGCAUUGAACCAGAACCCCAAAAGGCAGAGCCUCCAGGUUCUGCCAAGAUACCAGAACCCUCAAUGCCCAGAGACUUUGUGUUCCGCAAUGCUUGUUUGUAGGCACAGGGCAAGAGACCAGCUCAGAACUGACCCAGUCUUUGGCUCCAGCCCCAGAGGUUGCCCCUUGAAGCUCUCCGCUUUCCCAGGAACUGGCGGUGCUGCAAUCAGUUGGAUGUGCGAUGCUAUCAGACCAAGUAGUCUGCACCCAAUGGACCUGUCCAGGGUCCUGAAAGGCCUUUAGAUGGCUGCUCUUUUUUUUGUCCUCUUCCCUCAGGGAUGGGGAACCUGUUCCCCAACAAAAAAAGAGCACAAGAAUAUUAAGAAAGGCCCUGCUGGAUCAGGCCAAUGACCCAUCUAGCCCAGCUCCCUGUUCUCACAGUGGCCAACCAGAUGCCCGUGGGAAGUCAGCAAACAGAGCCUGAGCACAACAGCACUUGCUCCUUCUGCAGUUUCCAGAAGGGUCUCCAUUGUCUCCCAAGACACAACAGAUGCCAACCAACCAACUUCUUACGUUCUUAUAUUCUCCCACACAGAGAGCAUCCAUGGUGUCUCUUUCUCCCCUGUGGGUUCUCAGAGCUGAGCUGACAGUGAAGCUUCUCCCACACUAAAGACACCCACAGGGUGUGUCUCCUGUGUGACUUUUCCUCCAAUCCACCUAGGACGUCUCCCUCUUAUGGGCUGAGUCAUGAGGGCAGAGCUCUGAACAAAGAGUUGCUCAUAUUUGCCACACUUAAACCAUCUUUCUCCAUUUAUUUCAUUCAGGGCGCUUGUGGCACUUUACUAGGGUGACUGGAUGGGAAGGCAAAGCACACAACCGAGAUGAUAUUUAAAGCACUUUUUAAUCCCACCUCCAAAGUGUCUUACAAAACAUUAAAAAACAACAACCACACCAAUAAAAUAUACAGUUCAACAAUGAAGCAAGGGUCAGCAUCCAUUCAACAAAGUGAGUAACUCAAAUACUACUUUGAAGUGGCACUUAAGUGCUAGCAGUAUUUAUCACCUGGAUUAUGGUUUGGGAUUUCCGUAACUGAGCCCAGGAUAAAAAUUACAUAAAAAACCAUUUACUGCAACACUCGUAAGUGGCCGCACUUGGAAUACUGUGCACAGUUUUGAUCGCUGCGUCUUAAUAAAAGGAUAUUGUAUAGUUGGAAAGGGUGCAGGAAUGACAACCAAAAUGAUUAGGGCAGGCAUAGUCAAACUCAGCCCUCCAGAUGUUUUGGGACUACAACUCCCAUCAUCCCUGACCACUGGUUCUGUUAGCUAGGGAUGAUGGGAGUUGUAGUCCCAAAAAUCUGGAGGGCUGAGUUUGCCUGUGCCUGGAUUAGGGGAUUGAAGCAACUCCCCUACAAAGAAAUAUUACAACAUUGGGGAGAGGGAAUAAAUAAUUUGGGGGGGGGUUAUAAAUCAGGGGAGGAUAUGACAGGGUUCUAAAAAUAUGUGUGAUGUCAAGGAAGUAGAUGGGCUUCUCCCUUUGAUAACUCAGGGUCAUCCAAUGGAACUGAAUGGUAUGAAAUUCGGGGCCAAUGGAAGCCUGUGCUUCUUCACAGGGCAGACAGCUGCACCGUGGAAUUCACUGCAGUAAGAUGGAGCAGUGGCUGCCAACUGGGACAGCUUUAAAAGAGCAUUAGACAAAUCCAUGAAAGAUAAAGCAAUCAACGGGUACUAGGAAUGGGGUCUAAUUUCCAGGCUCCCAGGCAGCAGGCCUCUGAAGAUCAGUUGCUGGGGAGUGACAAGAAGUGAGGGUUGUCAUUUUCAAGCCCUGCUUGUAGGUUUCUCAUAGGCAGCUGGUUAGUCAUUGUGAAGAUCGGGAGGCUGAGAGCAGAGAGGCGUUUGUGGACUGAGGCAGCAGGGCUCAUUUCAUGUUCUCUUUAUGUUUAUAUAUAUAUAGAGAGAGAGAGCAUGAAAUGAGCCACACACUCUCCAACUGAGCUAUCCAGCUGCUGCCCUCCUUACACACGGAAGACCAUUACAGGUAGGUAGCCGUGCUGGUCUGCCAUAGUCGAAAUAAAAUAAAACAAUUCCUUCCAGUAGCACCUUAGAGACCAACUAAGUUUCUUGGUAUGAGCUUUCGUGUGCAUGCACACUUCUUGGCUACGACGGGUCGCCAGAGAAGGCAUCCGUCUCUACCAUUCGUGAUAGUGUUUUUUCUUUUUUUGGGGGGGGGUCGCUUUGGUGCAUUCUUCAUGCUGAAAAGCGAGAUAGCCCAACCAAACUAGACCAGCUUUGCUCGUGGUCCAGAGCACCGAUCCCAUGACGAACCUCAGCCGCCGAUUGCCCGGAGCAGGCUCAACGCGCAGUUCAGUCCUAAGAGUGCUGCUCAGAGGCAAGCUUAACCGGCUCCGAUAGCCUUAAAAAGAAAAACCCUCCAGCCUCGCAGCACGAAAAUGCACCGCGCGAUUGGGUUUCCUUGCAGGCGCUUCCCCGUCUCAUCCAGCCGGCGCACGAAGCCAUCUUCCGGAGGCGGCCGGGCUGCGUGGAAAAAGCCCUUGCGCGCCCAGCUCAGCUGCCCGGGCCUCCCUUGUCCGUAACGCAACAUGGCGCUUCCCGGUGGGUCUCUUCAAACCUCCUUUGGAAGCCUAAUAUCCUGCCUUUCCCCCAAAAAAAUCCCGUCCCGCGCCUGCCUGGAGCCCCCCUCCCGGCCCCAAAGACCCCACGGCGGGCGCUGAAAUGCGCGCUGCGCAAAAACAGCCGCCCUGUUUGGAGACAUGGAGAGCGCCAUGCUGUACGGACACGAGGGCCGGGCGCAAGGGAAGGGUGGUUUCCCUGGGGUCGGGGGGGGGGGAGGAAGGAUUUCCGUUUCCGCUUGGGCGGGGGUUGGAGGAGGUUGCAGCUGGAGCUGGAGGUAAAUAGAGCGAUUUUUUAAAAAUAAUAUAUUUUUUGGGGGGCCCGUGGUUCCGGAUUCCUUGCGCGCGCUUCCUCGGGAGGGGAACCCGGAGGCCGACGCAAAAGAGGGAGGGGAUCCCCGCUGGAGGCGGCGCGUAGAGGCCCAGCGGGGAGAGGAGGGCGAUGGCAGCUCGAGCCCGGGUUCAAAGGGGGGGGGGGUGGUCUCUUGGGCCCUGGCAGCCUCCCUUUCCUCGCCUCCGCCGAGGGAGCGACCGACCGCCGGGUGGUAGGGGUACUGGCAAGGGGGGGUGGUUCAGCCCCCGGAGAGGAAAAAAGCCCUUAUUUAAGCGGAGAGUGGCGCAAAAUUAAUAAUAAUAAUAAUAAUAAUAAUAAUAAUAAUAAUAAAUGGAUAAUUGAGAUUUCACAUAGGGUGCAGCUGAAGACGAAAGGCAACAACAGCAAUUGACCGUUUCCAUACGGUGCUGCCAGUGUUUAUGAUGUCUGGCAGACGAUGGGGGGGGGUGGAAAUAAGGACAGGUCCCUGCCCGGAGUAGGGUACAAUCUACAUAUUGACCGGGGCUGGGGGAACUGGGAAAGGUGCAGGAGUGAGUGGAUAAGGGAAGUACUACUACUACUACUACUACUACUACUAUUUAUACCCCGCCAAUCUGGCUGGGUUUCCCCAGCCACUCUGGGUGGCUCACAUCAAAUAUUCUUGGUUCAAUUAGACAUGUUUGGACUCUGCUUCUGCAGAGGAGAGGGCUGUUGAGGCAUGCCCAAUGCUUCAUAGGAUUUAAAAGGAUUUGAAGAUGGGCAGGGAUGGUAGCAUCAGAAAGGAGAUUGAGGGAUGGUGAUGAGGGUGAUUGUCGUUUCUAGGCAGCUUAGGGCAGUGGGAUGUUUGUCCCGUCUCUUACUGCUUUAUCUUCCAUAAUGAUCAGAAGCCUUUCAAAAGUUACAGCAAAGCAGCUCUGAAGUUUAUGCGGUUUUGAUCUUGCAACUCAGAACGCACAAAGAGAGAAGCAGUUUAGGUCACAGGCAAAUGAUCUUGGUCCUGAUAGCUCCAGCAGGCACUCUGUGUGUCCAUAAAUAAACAGCUGAUCUGAUACGAACUGUGUGCUGUUGAUUAGGAGCAGUAGAUAGAGGACUGAGCUGUGUGUCUCCAGUCACAUGAACAAUAGAGUUAUUAUGGCAACAUGUGUUCCCAGAAGCCUAGAAAUGAGUUCUUGGCAUCUAGCAAUCUGGAAAAUGUGGAUUAUCUAUCUUGGGUGCUGAUAUGUUUAGGGUGGGCGAGAAUCAACACUGAUCAGGAACAAAUUGUUAAAUAUUUAAACGUGAUUAGAAAUACUUUAUGCAUUGGGCUGCAAGCUCCCUGUGGCCUCUCCCACAACCUAUUCCUAUUCCUAUCUGUUGUUGUGUUUGAUGCCUAGAAGAAAGCGAUAAACAUUUCUGGCAGAGCUUCAAACCUCUUAUAGUUGUGGCAAGCGUGGCGAUGUUCUUCAUUGUGACAUGUAACCAUUGUGGCAAGAGAUUAUCUAGAUACAGAUCUGGUGGGCGGCUUCUGUUGUACGCUUGCGUCACUUUUUGUUGAAGCCAGAAUAACAUUUUCAGGUGCCAGAGGUACAUAGGUCCGAAUUAAAUUCCUAGGGUCGUUGCAAUUUGUGGCGCAACCGGAAUAAGAUUGCAAAUAUGUAAACGCACACAGAGUUUGCAGUUGGCCAAGUGGGAUGUAGCUUUGCUGUUUGCUGCCUUUUAUAAUAUGCAUUGGGACACGGGUGGCGCUGUGGGUUAAACCACAGAGCCUAGGACUUGACAAUCAGAAGGUCAGCAGUUCGAAUCCCCGUGACGGGUUGAGCUCCCAUUGCUUGGUCCCUGCUCCUGCCCACCUAGCAGUUCAAAACCAUGUCAAGUGCAAGUAGAUAAAUAGGUACCGCUCCGGCGGGAAGGUAAACGGCGUUUCCAUGUGCUGCUCUGGUUCGCCAGAAGCGGCUUCAUCAUGCUGGCCACAUGACCCAGAAGCUGUACGCCGGCUCCCUCGGCCAGUAAAGUGAGAUGAGCGCCGCAACCCCAGAGUCGGUCACAACUCGACCUAAUGAUCAGGGGUCCCUUUACCUUUACCUUUUUACAAUAUGCAUAGUUAACCAGUCUCCUUUUUCAUUUCCCCCCCAGCCCAGCCUGUUCUUGACUGCUUCGGUUCUCUCGCCUUUGCUGCUGGAUGUGGCCUUGGAGGAGGUGUCUUAA